AUGCAUCAAAGAGCUCAGUAUGAAAUACUAGCCGAAGUUAUCCUUGUCACAAGUGCUAUAAGAAACUCAUUAUUGGAAAACCCGUUUUCGAAAGAGAAACGAGAUGAACUGAUGUGGGGAAGAAUUCAAACUAUAGAGAAGCGUCGUAAGGGCUUGGUUACUACUGCUAGUUUGCGGAUGCGAAAAAUGCCAGAGGACAUUCCCGUACCUGAGCUAAAGGAGAAGGAACAUUCAAUUUUGGAAGAAGGAAUGGACAAUCUGAAAAAGAAGGUAUCUGCUUUGGGUCUGCACCAUAAAAUGCAGCGAUUCCGAAAGAGCUCUAUAGAUACAGAUGAGGUAGAGUUACAAACCAUUCGCGAAGAAAAGAGCACUGAAAUUCGUGACUCCAGUAAUCGUGUAGAAGAGGUCAUAGUAGAGGCACCAACACGUAGAAGAAGCUCAUCCGAAGAAAUGCCAAGGCAUCAGAACAUUAUACCCAAUGAGAUCAGAGUGAAGAAUCGCCAGGAUGUAAUAGAAGAAACAAGGAGGCUUGCAAAACAUCGAAAUGGGCUUACUGAUAGUUCCGAGCGAAGAAGAAUGAGUUCACCUUUAAUCGAACGGCCCAGUGAACUUCGUGGAGAACAAAGGGUCUCAUCGUCGGAAGAUGCAGGUGCCUAUACGGUGGGCGGCCUUCGCCAUAUGGAUAGUGGAAGCAGUACACAGAGAAGCUUUGAUUUCUGA